GGCAGCCUCAAGUCAAAUCGCCAUGUCGGACGCUGUGGAGGAGCCUCCACUCUAUCUAACGCAUCAGUUCUUCAGGCGGACACUGGAGCAUGGACUACAGCAGAUGGAUCUGCACGUCCUUGAGGUGCAGCUGACCAAUCUGACGCGAGGGGGAGAGAACUACUGUAGCAACAUCUACCGCGCUCACAUUAAAUACCGCAACGCAGAAGGCAGCGUCCUGGAGACAUCGUUAAUCGUCAAGUCAAUGCCGGAGGAGAAGCAGGCGAUCCUGUCCCGCCUGCACAUUUACAACAAGGAGAGCAUCUUCUAUAUGCACAUCAAGCCGAAGCUGGAGACGCUCAUGUGGCAGGCUCACAAUGCCUCCAAGCCGUGGUCGCUGGGUGCCAAGCACUACUAUUCCACCACUCAGCCGGAGCAAACCAUUAUCGUUGAGGAUCUGUGCUCCGAGGGCUAUCAACUGAAGUGUCGUCAACUGGGUCUGGACUUGGACCAUGCGUCUCUGGUGAUGCAAAAGCUGGCCCAAUAUCAUGCCCUAAGCAUGAUUAUGGCCGAAUGGGAGCCAGAGACAAUCGUGGACCGAUAUCCCUUCGGUCUGCUGCACAUGGACGCCAUUAAGUCGAAGCCCUUCAAGCUGCUCUUUGGCACUCAGCUUCUGAAACUUGCCGCCCUUGUGGGGGACUGUGAGGGAUUCGGCUCUAUCACCACGAAGCUCUACCGCUACCACGAACACUUCACGGAACGCAUUCUCAAGGCUGUAUAUCCGCUGCGAGGACAUCACAAUGUGCUAAACCAUGGCGAUCUAUGGAUAAAUAACAUAUUUUUCAACUACGAUCCGCAGUACAAGGUGCAGGAUGUGAAAAUUAUUGACUUUCAGUUGUGCUUCUAUGGCAGCCUGGGUUUCGACAUCAAUUACUUUCUGAACACCAGCUUGGAGCUGGAGGUGCUUCGUUGUCAUCGGCAGACGCUCAUCGACAUCUACUACAAGGCACUGAUUGAAUGCCUCCAGCAUCUGCCGUGGACCAAGCCCAUGCCCAGCUACGACGGUGUUAUGGAUGAGAUCCGGGAACGGGAGGACUACGGAUUCUUUGUGGCCUUUGGCUUCUUUCCACUUAUGAGCAUGAUCGGAGUCGACUCGGAGGACAACUCGCUGAAGAACUUCCACGACGAAACCUUCGCGCGACAGAAAGUUCAACUUAUGUUCGAGGGCAACGCUCGUACCCUGGAGAGCUUGAAAUGCACGCUGAAGCGUCUAGAUGAGAUGAAAUUGUUUGACUGAACUCUGAACAGCAUAAUUCUUAUAAUCAUUUAAAUUAAUUCAAUAUUUCAUUAAACAAUUCAUAUUUGUGGAACAAAAUGUUUAGAACGGUGUAGAAAACUACUUGUUUGUAGGCCAUGAGUUAAAUAAAUGAAAUUCGAAUAAUCUUUACAUUAAGC